UAUAAAAUAUCGAAUGCGAAACCAUACAGAAACCUGUAUGUAUGUUGCUGCUAAAAAUCAAGUUGGUGCAUGAACUAACCUUACAUUUUUGAGAUUUUGAAACGUGCAAAAAGUAAACAUGGAAUUGUUUGUGGUUAAAAGGCAUGAAGAAGAGGAAGAAACGGUUAAAGAAAAUGCAAACGAACAAGAUAAAUUGGAAAAAUUGUAUAAGAAAAUCGAGAAGAAUCGAUUGAAAAGACAAAAACAAAAGGAAAAAUUACCAAAGCCUCCGGCAAAAGAAAAAAGUCCCAGUUUAUCAAAAAAUAACGAAAACGUUGUUAAACCUAAAGAUAAGAACAAAAGUGAAAAACAAAAAGUGACUGAGCAGAAACCGAUUGAAGAGAACAACACAACAUUUCAAAUUUUGGGGGAGAACUUUCAAAAGAACAAACAAAGUAUAAAACCAGUGUUGGCCAACUGGUUAAAAAAUUGUUCGAUAAUCGAAAACGAUGAUGUUGGAGAGGAUUGUAUGAAAUUGUUGGAUGAAAAAUUGAGAAAACAACUGAAACAAAACAACAUAACGGAAAUGUUUCCGGUGCAAAACAAGUUAAUCAGUUAUUUGUUAAAGUCAAAGUUCAAAACGCUUCGGGAAAACGAUGUUUGCGUAUGUGCACCGACGGGAAGUGGGAAAACGUUAACGUACGUUUUGCCCAGUUUGCAAUUGGUGAAGAAUGCGAAACUGAUCAAGACGAAAAACAUUCGAGUUUUAGUUUUGGUACCAACUAAGGAUUUGGCUUUGCAAGUUUUCAAAGUUUACAAAACGUUUGCUGAAUGUCUGAAGAUCGAUGUCGGUUUAAUCGUCGGCGAUUUGGAUUACGAGAAGGAAAAGGAGAAAAUCGUGGAAAACAACGAGGCGUUCGGUUUUUUACCGAAACCGGACAUUUUAAUUUGUACGGCGGGAAAGUUGGUGCGACAUUUAAAGGAGACGGAGGGAUUCGAUCUGAGCCAUUUAGAUUUGUUAAUAGUUGACGAGGCGGAUAAAAUUCUGGAACAGAUGCAAAACGAUUGGUUCUAUCAUUUAGAUAAGAACGUGCCCGAAUCGAAUAUAAUGAAGAAAACGUUGAAUUUGACGGAGAUUGAACGAAAAAAUCCGCCAAGAAAACUAUUGUUCAGCGCAACUUUAACUUUCGAUCCCGAAAAAUUGGAAAAACUCGCGUUGUUUCAACCGAAACUUUUCACCACGUCCAAACGAGAAAGCGGCGAAGCCAAAACGGAACAGUUUGUGAUGCCGAAAGAACUGGAAGAAUAUUUCGUGACAACUCGGAAAACUUUAAAACCGUUGGUUUUGUACAAACUGAUCGAAACCGAAAAUUUGACGAGAACGUUGAUUUUCACGCAGUCGAUUCGCAAUUCGCAUCGUUUGGCGAUAUUAUUGAAAUGUUUGUUUGGUGAUGGAAAGAAAAUCGAGGAAAUUUCGAGCGAGAUUCGGAAUCGCAACGAACUGAUCCAGAGAUUCUCUCGGGGCGAAGUCGAUUUAUUGAUUUGCACAGAUUGUUUGGCUCGCGGAAUCGAUUUGCCUAACGUGAACUGUGUGAUUUCGUUCGAGGCGCCGAAACACGUGAAAAACUACGUUCACAGAGCGGGAAGAAGUGCUCGUGCGGGAAACAAGGGGAAAACUAUCACGAUAUUCGACGAAACGAACAAACGCUUCGAACGUAAAAAUAUUCAAGAGAUUGUGAUAAAAGAGGAGGAUUUGGAAUGUUUGGCGGAGAAGUACAAGGACAGUUUGCAGCAGUUGAAAACCAUAAUCGAAAGUGAGGAGAGAAACGACUUGAACAAAACGAAAUCGGUGAAGAGAAAAAGCUUAAAGCGUAAGCGAAACGAAUAAAACAGUUCGUUUUUGUGGUUGUUUGUAAAUAAAAUUUUUAAAUAUGAUUAAAAAUUGAUUAAAGAA